AUGGCAUCCGGCUCAAAAAAUGAUAUUGUAAAUAGGUUAUUGCAUGCAAGACUAGACGAUGAACCUGGCGGAGAUGAAGAGCUACCUCAGAAUAUGUUACCACCAACGAACUAUCUCGCGAGGCAAGUGGAAUUAAUGUGCAAUUUGCCCGAUGAAGAAAGCGUCCAACCUAACGAGCCUGUUCCUUCAUCAUCGGCUAUCGAAAAUUUGCAGCCGACAAACAACAUCGGUGGUCGAUUACACAACUGGCAGGCCACUAAAACUACCGUCAAAGAACGCCUUUCUUUUUUAUUCAACAACGAAAUUUUGUGUGAUGUUCACUUUAUUGUAGGCAAAGAAGCAAACCAACAAGUAAUUCCUGCUCAUAAAUUUGUACUCUCUGUAGGCAGUGCCGUGUUUGAUGCUAUGUUUAAUGGUGUAUUAGCAACAAAAUCUGAUGAGAUUGAACUACCUGAUGUAGAGCCAGCAGCAUUCUAUCAUUUACUAAAGUUCCUAUAUUCAGAUGAAGUUAGAAUUGGUCCAGAGACUGUGAUGACAACUUUGUAUACAGCCAAGAAAUAUGCUGUUGCAGCAUUAGAGGAACAUUGUGUUGAUUUCUUGAAAAGUAAUUUAGGUACAGAUAAUGCUUUCUUAUUAUUGACUCAAGCCCGGCUGUUUGAUGAACCGCAAUUAGCAGCAUUAUGCUUAGAAAUGAUAGACAAGAACACAACUGAUGCAUUAAAUGCUGAAGGUUUCACUGAUAUUGACCAAGAUACCCUGAAUGCAGUUUUAGAACGGGACACAUUAAGAAUUAGGGAGGCUAAGAUCUUCGCAGCAGUGCUGCGCUGGUCUGAAGCAGAAUGCAUCAGGCGACAACUCCCUGUAACUCCGACAAACCAACGAAUGGUCUUAGGCCGUGCCUUUAAUGCCAUACGAUUCCCAUUAAUGUCUGUUGAGGAGUUUGCUAUGGGUCCAGCACAAAGUGGUUUGCUUGAUGACAGAGAAAUAGUUCAACUUUUUUUGUAUUUCACUGUCAAUCCUAAGCCUAAUGUUGGAUUUCUAGACACUCCAAGAUGUUGUAUGACAGGCAAAGAAUUGACUGUUAACAGGUUUCCUCAAACAGAAUCCAGGUGGGGUUAUAGUGGAACAAGUGACAGGAUUAGAUUUACAGUGGACCAACGGAUUUUUGUUGUUGGAUUUGGCCUAUAUGGUUCAUAUUUUGGUCCAUCUGAAUAUGAAGUACAUUUACAGGUCAUCCAUCUAGCUACAAAAAAAGUAUGUGGAUCUAACACAACAACAUUUUGCUGUGAUGGCACCGAUGACACAUUUAGGGCUAUGUUUAAAGAGCCUGUAGAGAUACUGCCCCAUACAUCUUACAUUGCUAGUGCUAAAUUAAAAGUAAGUUCAACAUUCAUAAAUAAUAGUUAA